CCCAAGAGAUCUUUCUUUAGGCAGUGACCCUCACUUGAAUGGACAUUGUUUGGUACCUUCGCCUUCGCCUGAGAUCGCCUUGCUUCUCUGUGAGCUCCAGGAUGACGGAAGACAACUCGUACCUGGGAGGGCACGAACAAAUGUUUCAUUUGAAUCCUCUGACUCAUGCAAUAUUUAACCCAGAAUUAUUCCCACCAGAGAUGCCUCUGCAGACAGCAGAUGGUCCAUUCCUUCAAAUAUUAGAGCAACCUAAACAGAGAGGAUUCCGUUUUCGUUAUGUGUGCGAAGGCCCCUCACACGGCGGGCUUCCGGGUGCGUCCAGUGAGAAGAACAAGAAGUCCUACCCUCAGGUCAAAAUCUGCAAUUACGUCGGCCCUGCCAAGGUGAUUGUUCAGCUGGUCACAAACGGGAAGAACAUACACCUGCAUGCGCACAGCCUGGUGGGCAAGCACUGUGAGGAUGGCGUCUGCACGGUCACUGCGGGCCCCAAGGACAUGGUGGUCAGCUUCGCCAACCUGGGCAUCCUCCAUGUGACAAAGAAGAAGGUGUUCGAGACCCUGGAGACUCGGAUGACGGACGCAUGCAUCAGGGGCUACAACCCCGGGCUCCUGGUGCACCCUGACCUCGCCUACCUGCAAGCCGAGGGGGGCGGAGGUGACCGGCAGCUCACGGACCGGGAGAAGGAGUUGAUCCGCCAGGCCGCGCUGCAGCAGACCAAGGAGAUGGACCUGAGCGUCGUGCGGCUCAUGUUCACCGCCUUCCUGCCCGACAGCACCGGCAGCUUCACUCGCCGCCUGGAGCCCGUGGUGUCCGACGCCAUCUACGACAGCAAGGCCCCCAAUGCGUCCAACUUGAAAAUCGUGAGAAUGGACAGGACCGCUGGCUGCGUGACUGGGGGGGAGGAGAUUUACCUCCUGUGUGACAAGGUUCAGAAAGAUGACAUCCAGAUCCGGUUCUAUGAAGAGGAGGAAAACGGAGGCAUUUGGGAAGGAUUUGGAGACUUUUCCCCCACCGAUGUUCACAGACAAUUUGCCAUCGUCUUCAAAACCCCAAAGUAUAAAGACAUCAACAUCACCAAGCCGGCUUCUGUGUUUGUCCAGCUUCGGAGGAAGUCAGAUUUGGAAACCAGCGAGCCUAAGCCUUUCCUCUACUACCCGGAAAUCAAAGAUAAAGAGGAAGUGCAGAGGAAGAGGCAGAAGCUGAUGCCCAACUUCUCGGACAGUUUCGGCGGUGGUGGCGGCGCAGGCGCAGGAGGCGGAGCCAUGUUCGGAGGCGGCAGUGGUGGAGCAGGAGGCACGGGCAGCGCCGGACCAGGGUACGGCUUCCCACACUAUGGCUUUCCCACGUACGGCGGGGUCACCUUCCACCCCGGCACCACGAAGUCCAGCGCUGGCCUGAAGCAUGAAACCGUAAACACUGAAAGUGACCGUGACCCUGCAGGCUGUGAGGCCUGCGAAGAUGGGGAGGUGACGACAGCCGCGGAGCCCAAGGAGGACACAGGGGCACCCAGCCCCGGGACCCACGGGGCGCCGCUGACGUGCGCCGUGCGGAGAGAGGAGGAGGCUGCGAGGCUUCCGGAUGACCUCUUCCUGGAGAAGGCCCUGCAGCUCGCCAAGCGCCAUGCCAACGCCCUCUUCGACUACGCGGUCACAGGGGACGUGAAGAUGCUGCUGGCUGUCCAGCGCCAUCUCACUGUAGUGCAGGAUGAGAACGGCGACAGCGUCCUGCACCUGGCCGUGAUCCACCUCCAUGCCGAGCUCGUGAGGGAUCUGCUGCAGGUGACUGCAGGCCUGAUAUCCGAGGACAUCGUCAACAUGAGAAAUGACCUCUACCAGACGCCCUUGCACUUGGCGGUGAUCACCAAGCAGGAGGAUGUGGUGGAGGACCUGCUGCGGGCCGGGGCCGACCUGAACCUGCUGGACCGCCUGGGCAACUCCGCACUGCACCUUGCCGCAAGGCAGGGCCACGACAGGAUCCUCAGCGUCCUGCUCAAGCACCAGAGGGCAGCACCACUGCUGGACCAGCCCAACGGGGAAGGUCUCAACGCCAUCCACAUCGCCGUGACAAGCAACAGCCUGUCGUGCCUGCUGCUGCUGGUGGCCGCAGGUGCCGAUGUCAAUGCCCAGGAACAGAAGUCGGGGCGCACAGCGCUGCACCUGGCGGUGGAGCAGGACAACGUGUCCCUGGCGGGCUGCCUGCUGCUGGAGGGCGAAGCCCAUGUGGACAGCACCACCUAUGAUGGGACCACACCGCUGCACAUCGCGGCUGGGCGAGGCUCCACCAGGCUGGCAGCACUGCUCAAGGCCGCAGGGGCGGACCCCCUGGUGGAGAACUUCGAGCCGCUGUACGACCUGGACGAGUCCUGGGAAAGGGCCGGUGAGGACGAAGGUGUGGUGCCGGGGACUACACCGCUGGACAUGGCGGCCAGCUGGCAGGUGUUCGAUAUCCUGAAUGGGAAGCCAUACGAGCCCGAGGUCGUGGCCGAUGAUGCCCUGGCCCAAGGGGACAUGAAGCAACUAAGCGAGGAAGCCAGGCUGCAGCUCUACAAGCUGCUGGAAGUCCCCGACCCUGACAGAAACUGGGCCACGCUGGCACAGAAGCUGGGCCUGGGCAUCCUGAACCACGCCUUCCGGCUAAGCCCCGCGCCAGCCAAGACACUCAUGGACAACUACGAGGUCUCCGGGGGGACGGUCAAGGAGCUGGUGGAGGCCCUGGGACAGAUGGGCUACACAGAAGCCAUCGAGGUGGUCCAGGCAGCCUGCUGCGGCUCAGGGGUCCCCAGCCCCGUGAAGGGUACCACGCAGGGCCCCCCGCUUCCCCUGUCACUGUCACCGCAGAUGGAUGAGCUGCGAGACCAGGACAGCAUCUGUGACAGCGGCGUGGAGACGUCCUUCCGCAAGCUCAGCCUCACGGAGUCCCUGCCGGGCAGCAGCCCCUUGCUAACGCUUAACAAAGGGCCCCCCGACUUCGGGCAGGAAGAACCCAUAGAGGGCAAGAUCUAGCCGCCGUGAUGGCCACGCCGCGCAACCAAAGUUCGAAAGUCCAGCGCCUUGCCUGAGAGACGGGAGACUGGGCAUCCAGAGGCGCUCACAGAAAGGUGACCCAGAGCCAGCGGCCACCGCGGGCCUCUGAGUGCGGUGCCCGGGUCGUCAGCUGAGCCCCGGCUGGGUCCCAAUGUCCAGACAGGAAGCCCCUGGCAGGCGCAGCCCACGGAGCCACCAGCGUUUCUGGGCGAAGGACACGCAGGUGUCACCGCUGCCGCUGGGUCACAGCUGCUUUCUCUUCCGUCGCUGCUGCUGCUGCUGCUGUUGCUGUCCCUCUGCUGUGUCCCGAGACCCUCCAUGGCUGCCCGGUGUCUUUCUAGCCAUCCGGGCAGGCUGUGCACUUAAUAGAAGGAAGGUGGUAUUUUUAGGUGAGCGUCGCUUGGUGUGUGACAAAGGCUGCACGUUUCCUGAUGCAGCGUCGCUGUGAUUCGCAAAGCACGCACUCGGCAAUAUUUAAACAUGGUUCCAAUCAGUGCUGAAAGUGGUACCCCCCCUUUUUUCUGCAUUUUGCUAUUGUAAAUAUGUUUUUUAGACCAAAUACUUUAAA